UGCUCAGUACGGGGGAUACAGGGGAUGCGGUCUUUCAUGGCACAGGGAUUCUUUAAGGAGGACGAGCAGCUCCGGAGGAGGGGUUAUGCUGAUGAAGGAUGGACAUUCUCGUAGAGGAGACUGAGCAUACAGGGAGGAGAGGAGAGGCAGGCUGGGCACACAGGCCUCUCUCUACACCGGGAUAACCGGGGACACCGUGCAGGGAGGGGGGCUCUUUCUACUUGGCCGCUGGAACGCUUCGCUCGCUGGUUAUGCAUAGGAUCCCAUCUGUGUGUGCCCCCCCGGAGCGAGCCAUCGUUGUGUGCCCAUCGCAGCAGAGCAUCCCUUAUGCUGGGCUAAUUGUGCCAGGCUGCACGGCACGAAGACUGGGGACUUUCUGAAGCAUCGCAGACUCCAGCGCGGCUCACCAUGCUCUUGAUCACCCCGGGCUCUAGACCUCUAGAUAGCUGGCAGUCACUGGUGCUCUUGUGGCAAAGCUUCCUUUGGAUUGUGUGCGCGGUGUGUGCGGAGGAGCAGUACUUCAAUGUAGAGGUGUGGCUGCAGAAAUACGGCUACCUUCCACCAACAGACCCCCGAAUGUCGGUAUUGCGCUCUGCAGAAACCAUGCAAUCCGCUAUAGCUGCUAUGCAGCAAUUCUAUGGCAUUAACAUCACUAGAAAAAUAGACAAACACACAAUUGAUGAAAUCACAAUGAGCUGGAUGAAGAAACCACGAUGUGGCGUACCUGACACAACGAGAGCUAGCUCCAGGUUUAGUGUUCGCCGAAAACGUUAUGCCUUAACCGGGCAGAAGUGGCAUCAUAAGCAUAUCACAUAUAGUAUAAAGAACGUUACACCAAAAGUGGGAGAUACCGAAACACGUAAAGCCAUUCGCCGUGCCUUUGAUGUCUGGCAGAAUGUAACUCCACUGACAUUUGAAGAAAUUCCAUACCAUGAGUUAGAGAAUGGCAAACGGGAAGUGGACAUUACUAUUAUCUUUGCAUCUGGUUUCCAUGGAGACAGCUCACCGUUUGAUGGUGAGGGGGGAUUUUUGGCACAUGCGUAUUUCCCGGGACCUGGAAUAGGAGGGGAUACACAUUUUGACUCUGAUGAACCAUGGACAUUGGGAAAUCCCAACCAUGAUG